UGUCUCGCCAUUUUUGUUGUUAGCUGCUGUUAAUGAGGCGCUCUUCACAAAUUUGAACAUUUUCCGAGUUUUUAAGAGAGUCGGAUACCAGAAGAGGCCGCAGACAUGUCUGAGUUUAUUGAGAGUGAGGCAGAGGAAUCUGAGGAAGAGUUUGAAGAAAAGGAUUUAAAGCCCAAGAAGACUCAGAGGUUUUUGGAAGAUGAUGAUGAUGAAGAGGAAGAAGAGAACACAGAGGAUCAGGAUGAACACGGAAACCUAAAAGGAUUAAUUGAUGACGACAAUGUGGAAGAAGAGGAGGAGGAUGGAAAUCGCAGCGGGGCAGGCGGCAGCGACUCUGAAGAGGAAGUUCGCCACCGCCGCAGAAAGAGGAGUUAUGAUGACUACCUGGAUGAUGAUGAUCUUGACCUUAUCGAAGAGAACUUGGGAGUUAAAGUCAAAAGGAGGAAAAAGAAGUACUCUAGAUUGAAAACUAUAGAAGACGAAGGUGAAGAUGAUGAUAAAGACCAAAUUGCAGAUGAGAUCUUUACUGGUGACGGUGAUGGAGAGGCAGAGGAAGCAGAACCUGGAGAAAUGCUCCAAGCAGAUGACGAUGAGGAAGAAGAGGGAGAUGAAUCUGAUAUUGAUGAUUUUAUUGUUGAUGAUGAUGGACAGCCCAUCACUAAAAAACACAGAAAGAAGUUUUCUGGCUACACUGAUGCUGCUUUACAAGAGGCCCAAGAGAUCUUUGGCGGCGACUUUGACUUUACCGAGUUUGACCCGGAGACAUUUGAUCAUGCUGAGGAAGAAGAGGAAGACCAAGAUGAUGAAGCUUGGGAUCGACCAAAGAAGCAGACCAAGAGAAAAGUGGGUCGUCGUAGCAUCUUUGAAAUCUAUGAGCCCAGUGAGCUGGAGAGCAGCCACAUGACUGACCAAGACAAUGAAAUACGUUCUACAGACAUGCCCGAAAGGUUCCAGUUACGUGCUAUGCCUGUCAAGCCUGCUGAGGAUGAUGAACUGGAAGAAGAAGCUGAGUGGAUCUACAGAAAUGCUUUCUCAACACCCACCAUUUCCAUGCAGGAAAAUGCGGACUACCUGGACCGUGGCACCACAACAAACUUUAGCAGACGAGGCCCAAGUACCAUUGCCAAGAUCAAGGAGGCACUUAACUUUAUGAGGAACCAGCACUUUGAGGUUCCCUUUAUUGCUUUCUACAGGAAAGAAUAUGUGGAACCAGAGCUCAACAUUAAUGAUCUGUGGAGGGUGUGGCAGUGGGAUGAGAAGUGGACCCAGUUGAGAACACGUAAGCAGAACCUGACACGUCUCUUCCAGAGGAUGCAGUCAUAUCAGUUCGAACAGAUCUCAGCUGACCCAGAUAAACCCCUCGCUGAUGCUAUUCGUCCACUGGAUACAGCUGAUUUGGAAAGGCUAAAAGAUGUCCAGUCUAUAGACGAGCUGGGAGACGUGUACAACCACUUCCUGCUCUAUUAUGGGCGAGACAUUCCAAAGAUGCAGAAUGCUGCCAAAUCCACCAAGAAAAAGCUGAAGAAGAUCAAGGAGGUGUCAGAGGAAGAUGGUGAGGAAGCUGAGGUGGAACGGGAGGAGGAAGAGGAGCAUAAGGGGCCUGAUCUGAAACUAGCUUCACGUAGAGACAUGUACAGCAUCUGCCAGGGUGCUGGACUCGAUGGACUAGCAAAGAAGUUUGGUCUCACUCCUGAACAGUUUGGUGAAAACUUGCGUGACAGCUACCAGAGACACGAGACUGAACAGUUUCCUGCAGAGCCCUUGGAGCUGGCUAAAGAUUACGUCUGCAGUCAAUUUAACACACCAGAAGCUGUUCUGGAGGGCACACGCUACAUGGUGGCUAUGCAAAUUGCCCGUGAGCCUCUUGUCAGGCAUGUGCUAAGACAGACUUUCCAGGAAAGGGCCAAGAUCAAUAAUAAGCCCACUAAGAAGGGCAAGAAGGACAUUGAUGAGGCACACUACGCAUACUCGUUCAAGUACCUGAAGAACAAACCCGUGAAAGAGCUGAGUGGAGAUCAGUUUCUCAAGAUGUGCUUAGCAGAGGAUGAGGGGCUGCUCACCAUAGACAUCGCCAUUGAUCUGGUUGGGGUUAAAGGGUACAGUGGUGAUCAAACAUAUUUUGAUGAAAUAAAGCAGUUCUACUACAGAGAUGAGUUCAGUCACCAGGUGCAGGAGUGGAACAAGCAGAGAACGCUGGCCAUCGAACGUGCCCUUCAGCAGUUCCUCUAUCCCCAGAUGGCCAAAGAGCUGAAGAAUAAGCUUGUUGCUGAAGCCAAGGAAAAUAUAAUUAAGUCAUGCUGCAAGAAACUGUAUAACUGGCUGAAAGUGGCUCCAUACAGACCAGACCAGCAAGUGGAGGAGGAUGAUGACCUGAUGGAUGAGACACAAGGCAAAGGGAUCCGUGUGCUUGGAGUGGCCUUUGCCUCUGGCAGAGAUACACCUGUUUUCUGUGCUCUGAUCAAUGGUGAAGGCGAGGUUGUAGACUUUCUCAGACUUCCUAACUUCUUGAAAAGACGGAAUGCAUGGAGAGAGGAGGAACGGGAGAAAAAGCUCCAAGACAUUGAAAACCUAAAGAAGUUCCUUCUUAGCAAGAAACCACAUGUUGUGGCUGUUGCUGGUGAAAAUCGAGAUGCUCACAUGGUAAUGGAGGACAUCAAGCGCACAAUCAGUGAACUGGAACAAGACUCACCUUUACCUGCAGUUGGAGUCGAGUUGAUGGACAAUGAGUUGGCUAUGCUGUACAUGAACAGCAAUAAGUCUGAGACGGACUUUAGAGACUACCCUCCUCUUCUUCGCCAGGCCGUGUCCGUGGCCCGCAAGAUUCAGGACCCUCUGGUAGAGUUUGCCCAGGUGUGCAGCAGCGAUGAGGACAUUCUUUGCCUCAAACUGCAUCCUCUGCAGGAGCAUGUGGUGAAAGAAGAAUUGCUAAGUGCUCUUUAUUGUGAGUUUAUUAACCGGGUGAAUGAGGUUGGUGUAGAUGUGAACCGAGCCAUUGCUCAUCCUUACACACAGAGCCUAGUCCAGUAUGUCUGUGGUUUGGGACCGAGAAAAGGCUCUCAUCUGCUCAAGAUCCUUAAACAAAACAACACUAGGUUGGAAAAUCGAACUCAGCUUGUGACCAUGUGCCAUAUGGGACCCAAAGUAUUUAUUAACUGUGCUGGUUUCAUCAAAAUUGACACAGCCUCCCUUGGAGACAGCACUGACUCGUAUAUCGAGGUUCUGGAUGGCUCUCGUGUGCAUCCUGAGACUUACGAGUGGGCACGUAAAAUGGCGGUGGAUGCACUGGAGUACGAUGAGUCAGCAGAAGAUGCUAAUCCAGCUGGAGCAUUGGAAGAGAUUCUGGAGAAUCCAGAGAGGCUGAAGGAUCUAGAUCUUGAUGCCUUUGCUGAAGAGCUGGAGAGACAGGGUUAUGGCAACAAGGGAAUCACACUAUAUGAUAUCCGUGCAGAGCUCAGCUGUAGGUAUAAAGACCUUCGAGCACCAUACAGACCCCCGAACACAGAGGAAGUGUUUAACCUUCUCACUAAGGAAACCCCUGAGACUUUCUAUAUAGGUAAGCUUAUCACCAGUGUUGUGACCGGCAUUGCUCACAGAAGGCCGCAGGGUGAAAGUUACGAUCAGGCCAUUCGUAAUGAUGAGACUGGAUUAUGGCAGUGUCCUUUCUGCCAGCAAGACAACUUUCCUGAGCUUAGUGAGGUGUGGAACCACUUUGACAGCGGUUCCUGUCCCGGUCAGGCUAUUGGUGUAAGAUCUCGUCUAGAUAAUGGUGUCAUGGGUUUUAUUCCCACAAAAUUUCUCUCAGACAAGGUGGUUAAGCACCCAGAAGAGAGGGUCAAGGUUGGCAUGACUGUGCACUGUCGUAUUAUGAAGAUCGAUAUUGAAAAGUUCAAUGUGGACCUUACCUGUCGAACGUCAGACCUCAGUGACAAGAACAAUGAAUGGAAGCUUCCUAAAGACACCUACUAUGACUUUGACGCUGAAUCUGAGGACAACAAACAAGAAGAGGAACUGAAAAAGAAACAGCAGAGAACCACGUAUAUCAAGCGUGUCAUUGCCCACCCAUCGUUCCACAACAUUAACUUUAAACAGGCAGAGAAGAUGAUGGAGUCGAUGGAUCAGGGUGAUGUUGUGAUCAGGCCCAGCAGUAAAGGAGAGAACCACCUGACUGUAACCUGGAAGGUAGCAGAUGGAAUCUACCAACAUGUUGACGUGCGUGAGGAGGGCAAAGAGAACGCUUUCAGCCUGGGACACACACUGUGGAUUAAUACUGAGGAGUUUGAAGAUCUGGAUGAAAUCACAGCCCGUUAUGUGCAGCCUAUGGCUGCUUUCGCGCGGGAUCUGCUCAGCCAUAAGUACUUCCAGGAGUGCAACGGUGGAGACAGAAAGAAAAUGGAAGAGAUUCUUAUAAAGUCUAAGAAAGAUAAGCCCACAUUUAUCCCCUACUUUGUUUCUGCCUGCAAAGACCUGCCAGGAAAGUUCCUGCUGGGUUACCAGCCUAGAGGAAAGCCAAGGAUAGAGUAUGUAACCAUCACUCCAGAUGGGUUUAGGUAUCGCUCCCAAAUAUUCUCCACAGUCAAUGGGCUCUUCCGCUGGUUUAAGGACCACUACCAGGAGCCUGUGCCAGGUGUCACGCCGAGCAGCAGUAGCAGACUGCGAACUCCAGUUUCUGUGAACGCAACUCCUGCCAACAUUAACUUUGCAGACCUAACCCGGGCAGUCAAUGCUUUACCCAGAAAUGUAACAUCCCAGAUGUUUAAUGCUAUUGCAGCAGUGACGGGACAGGGCCAGAAUCCAAACACUACUCCAGCACAGUGGGGCUCCAGCCAGUACGGAUACAGCGGAGGCAGCAGUGCUGGAGGAGGAGGCAGCAGCAGUGCUUAUCAUGUGUUUGCCACACCACAGCAGCCUAUAGCUACACCUUUGAUGACUCCCAGCUACUCUUACACUACACCAGGCCAGCAGCAGGCCAUGAGUACCCCGCAGUAUCCCAGCGGCACGCCACAGUCCUCCCACGGCCAUCACGCACAACCCUCGUCCACACCAUCGUCUUCUUCCUCCAGGGUCCGGACACCACAGCCAAAACCAAGCACUCAUGCGGCUGUGGAUUGGGGUAAAAUGGCUGAACAGUGGCUACAGGAGAAGGAGGCAGAGAGACGCAAGCAGAAGUCUCGCGUGACUCCACGCCCUUCGCCGAGUCCCAUGAUUGAGAGCACACCCAUGUCAAUCGCUGGAGACGCCACACCGCUGCUGGACGAAAUGGACCGAUAGACAUUUAACACAGUUGGAUCCCAACUGCAAAAACCUUUCAUCUUCAUUUCAUCUUCAUGUCUGUUCAUCAACUCUCACUGAUCACUUUAGUUUUUUUAAUGGUCAUACAGAACUAAGUGAGACAAACUCUGCAGAUAUGAGCUAAUGACAAACUGAUUCAGGAAAAGGACCUGUGGUGAAAUUUGUCAAGUUUUAUUUUUUCAUUUUCAUUCUUUUACAAACAAGUGCAGAUCAGCGUUUUGAGCUUUUUUUGUUGGUUUUAACAAGAGCUAAAGUUAAGACGAGACACUUAAUAAAAAACAAAUGGAUGAUG